AUGCCGUCAAUAGCACCCUAUCGCGCUGAUACUAACAGCGUGUUACAGCAGAUUGUCACUUCAUCAUCUGAAACGGAUACUCUGGACCAACUGAUUCCUUACAUCAAAGAUUACAGCUAUGGCAACAAGACCUCGCAAUUGUUGAGCCAGCUGGACGACCUAGCUGCAGAGAGAGAAGCAGAAAUCGAACGACAAUGCAAUGCCAACCACCAGGAAUUUGUAAAGUCUGUGCAGCAACUCCUUCGGAUCCGCGAGGGUACCGUCACUCUCACCAAUGAGAUCCUGGAAUUGAACCAGUCCAUUCAAGCUAGCACCGAGAAUCUCGUGGAACAGAAGAAAGCUCUUGUCGAAUCUCGCGGUGUGAGACAGAACAUUGACGAUGCAAGCCAUGCCCUGCAAGAUUGUCUGGAGGUUCUUCGUCUUGCCAACCAGGUGCAAGAGCUCCGGGACCAGAAGAAACACUACGCCGCCCUACGAGCCCUUGAUGAACUCCAGAGCGUCCAUCUUCAAAGCGUCACGCAGUACAAGUUGAGCGAGUUGAUCCAGACAUCCGUGCCAGCAAUCCAAAAGUCCAUCGCAGAAGCUGUCAUGGCAGAUCUUAAUACCUGGUUAUUUCGCGUCCGCGAGAUGUCACAAUACCUGGGUGAACUUUCCUUUUAUCAUACCGACCUACGCCAACAAAGGCUCAAGGAACGCGCGGACAAGAUUCCUUAUCUUGCCAAUUUCAAGCUAAAUUCUGCCAUCGAACUGGUCGCCGACGAGCAUGAAGAGUUCGAUCUGCUCAAAAGCGAAGAUCUCGAAGUCGAUUUUUCGCCCCUCUUUGAAGCUCUACAUAUUCAUCGCUCCCUCGGCCGAAUGGACAGAUUCAAGGCAGACUACGCCACAAGCCGAAGGGCACAGAGUGAACUGCUCCUUCAAAACUCUAUGUCCUUAAACGACGAAGAACUAGGAGAUCUCCACAGCCUCCUCGAAGAUAUCGCCGGCUUCGUAAUAAUGGAGCGCGCCACCAGAAAGAGAGUCCCCGACCUGCGCUCUAACACAGAUAUCGAGGAACUUUGGGACUCGCUCUGCCAAAAGGGCAUCUCCCUCAUGUCCAGAGCACUCUCUGCCGUCGACAAUGCGGAACACCUCCUGAAGAUCAAAAACCUUAUAACGCUCUUUACUCUGACCAUGAACAGCUUCAACUUUAACACCUCCGCUAUAUCAAAUUUCGUACUCGUUCUCUUCGAUAAGUACGCGGAGCUUCUAAAACAGCGUUUCAGUGAAGACUUCAUCGAAAUUGUCUCGACAGACGACUAUAUGCCCAUGCCGAUCCAGAAUGCCGAAGAAUUCGAAAAAGUCGUCAACGUCUCAUGGUACACGCCAGACCGUCCCGUCCACGAGAUGACCUUCCCAACCGUCUUCCCCUUCUCGCAGAUGUACCCGCUCUGCUGCAUCGACAUCCGCAACUUCCUGAACCAAUUCUACUUCUUUUCCGCCCAAGAAGAGGCACCUUCCCCUCUGUCCAGCAAGAUCGACGCCCAGCUUCUCACCUCCCUCGACGACCUGCUCACCACCAAAGUUUGCGCCAGUUUGGUGUCUAAGCUCUCUUCCCAGUAUCUCGGGCAAAUCGUCCAAAUUCUUAUCAACCUCUCACACUUCACAACGGCGUGCGGCGAGCUUGAAACCCUCCUCGCCACGGUUCGCACAUCGACUCUUGCCUCUGGCGGCCCGCCCAUCUCUCUUCGCGCCACGGCUCAGUUCUCACAGCACCAAAAGACGGCGGAAAAUCGCAUCUUCGAACUCGUCAACAUGAAAGUCAAUGACCUCAUCGAGACAGCUGAGUACGAUUGGCUCAGCCGUCAACUACCCACCGAGCCGUCGAAUUACAUCGUCACAUUGACCCGAUACCUUUCCAAUAUCAUUAACUCGGUUCUGCUGUCCCUCCCAUCGUCCCUCAAAGACCUCAUGCUCUUCAACGCCAUUUCCCACACCGCAAGCUCGAUCCUUGCGCUCCCACUGGCCCCUAACGUCGAGCGAAUAACCACGACCUCGAUCGCCCAGCUGUCGAUGGACGUCUCGCACUUCCAAGCUUACGUUGAAACCCUCCCAAACAAUUUAAUUCUCCUCGAGUCGCUCGACGAACUCAUACAGACUGUCGCGCUGAUGGCGACGGACCAACCAGACGAGUUCUACGACAUAUCGCUCCGCAACAAGAAAUACCGCAACGUUGACCCACUCAAGGGUCCGCAACUGCUGGAAAAGGUCGUGCACGUCGAGGUGCGCAGUCCGACAGUCGGACCUGGUGGAAGUGAUCGCGGCAGUAGCGCCGCCAAUGGUGGUACACAGAGUCCCGUGCCGGGCCAACAGGGGAGCAGAGCUCCAAAUACCACAUUUGCUGCGUUGCAGAAUAGGUUCAUGCACAACAGGUAG